AUGAGUGCCGAUGUGAUCAAAAGAUCGAACCCGGCGGAUGAUUAUGAGCUGCUUCAGCGUGUCGGUUCAGGAACUUAUGGUGAAGUUUAUAAAGCUCGAGACAUUCGAAGCGACACGCUGGCAGCUGUAAAAGUUGUCAAACUGGAAGCCGGAGACAAUUUCGCUGUCAUCCAACAAGAAAUAAUGGUUAUUCGAGAAUGCUCACAUCCAAAUAUCAUCGCUUAUUUCGGAAGUUAUAUUAGAAGAGAUCGUUUGUGGAUUGUGAUGGAGUACUGUGGAGGAGGAAGUCUUCAAGAUAUUUAUCACUUAACCGGACCUCUAUCAGAACUCCAGAUUGCUUUCGUUUGUCGAGAGACUCUUCGUGGACUCAAUUAUCUUCAUAAUAUGGGAAAAGUAAGUUUUAGAUCAAUUCAUCGAGAUAUCAAAGGAGCCAACAUUCUUCUUUCUUCUAACGGAGAUGUGAAGUUGGCAGAUUUUGGAGUAGCUGCUCAAAUCACUGCAACAAUCGGAAAAAGAAAAUCGUUCAUUGGCACUCCGUAUUGGAUGGCUCCAGAAGUUGCAUGUGUUGAAAAACGAGGUGGAUACGGAAUGCUCUGCGACGUUUGGGCAACCGGGAUCACGGCGAUCGAGCUAGGAGAAUGUCAGCCACCUCUUUUUGAUCUUCACCCGAUGCAAGUUCUGUAUUUGAUGACAAAAAGUGGAUACAAGCCCCCGCAUCUCAAAGACAAACAUCGUUGGUCUCCCCUCUUCCAUGAUUUCGUUCGUCAGUGUCUCACAAAAAAUCCCAAGAAGAGACCAUCACCCGAAAAGCUGCUCACCAGUCACCCGUUUGUACUUGGCUCCCUUUCUGCCAGAAUGACAAGAGAUUUGUUGGAUAAAGUGAAUGGAGCACCGUCUGAUGUGUAUGAUCGUAUGUCCAAGACGGUGGAUGAUUUGACUGAAGAAGAAUCGGAUAUGGACGAUGCUCCACCACUUCUCACACCCGAUGCUGCUCCAAUCAAAAUAGGACUUCCUGCUCAUUUGAAUGGCUUGAGACUUGAUGCAAAGUGUUUGGAGCAGUUAACGUCGUCUCCUCACUCGACAUCGUCAGAGACUGAUCGCAAAACUCCAACUGCAACUCCGCGAGGGCUGAAUAGAGGUUACCAUUCAGAAAGAACACUUCCGGCUAAAGAAAUGCAAUCCCUUCCGGACGUUAUCGGAGGAGACGCGCUGCUCCAUUGUGCAUCUGGAAAUGGAGUUAUCCAUGACGAUGAUGAAACUAUCAGAGCACCAAGAGCUCCACCAAGGACGUUGAGAGCUGCUCAGAAGGCUGCAGCUUCUGGAUCUGAAAAUCGCUUCAGUUCGACUUCUAUUGCAUCUACUCCAAGUGAAGAUAGUAUGUCGACGUUUUUUGGAAUGCCGAUUAUUCCAAAAGUACCAAUGGGAGCUUGUUUUUCGAAGAUUAUGGAUGGAACUGAUUUGAAAAUCAAUUGUGCAGCAUCAUGGGUUCAUCCACUGACUGGUGCUCACCUCCUACUUUUCGGUACGGAGCAAGGAAUUUACUCAUUCGACACAAACUGUUUACCAGAUGGAAACCUCACGAAAAUUCAUCACCGUCGUUGCUCCUGGAUGUUCGUCUACUCGGAUCGACUCACCGCCAUUCAAGGAAACACUCCGUAUCUCUAUCGACAUGAUUUGAUUGCUCUUACGCAAAAGAAUCUCACUCUGAAAAUGAGCAAAAAUCUUAACAAGAUUCCUGAGAAAUAUGUUCCGAAACGGCUAGCGAUCACUGUUCGAAUGCCGGAGACACGGGGAGCUCUUCAGUGCACAGUGAAACAAGGAGAGGGAGCCCAAUCAAGUUCUUUAUUCCUGUGUUGUGCUGUUCCAAAAACUGUUCAUUUGUUCCAAUGGUACAAACCGAUGAAUCAGUUUGUGUUGGUUAGAAGUGAACCACUCCGAGAAGACAUUCGAUUUCCCAUCCGCCCGUUUGCACUGGUCAAUUCCCGUGCGUCAGACUUUCCAGAACUAUGCAUUGGUGUAGGUCGAAUGUCCGGAGCAUCCGAGUUCCAAUUCAAUAUGGUUAAUUUCUGCUCAUCGACUAGAAACUCAGAAGUCAGCGAUGGAUACAACUCUUCAUUUGGUAGUUUGGCGGAAGACGAGAUGCUCGAAGUUGGGAACAUGCAUCAAAUCGAUAGAAAUACUCUCUGCUUUUCAUUCCGUAACAAAGUGGUCAUGACAGAUCUUGAAGGAUUCGAACGCCCGAAACCUUCUAUUUUCACCUUCAAUUUCCACAUUGAAUACCUUCAUGUCGUCGAUGAAACGAUUCUUGCUUUCCACGCAAAUGGAGUGCAAGGAAGAGAUUUGAAGACGAAUUUAAACACUCAAGAUCUAUGUGAUGUAUCUCGUUUAUAUCGUGUCAUUGGUGACGAUAGAGUAAUCAUCCUUCGAUCUCAGCUCAUGACCGCCCGAAACGCUGGUGACACUCUCGAUAUCAGUCUACUCAUGGGACACUCUGACACUCCCACUCUCUAA